AGCGCGGUUGUUCUCCUCAUUACAUGCUCAGGAGAGCUGAGGCACGCACAGACAGAUAAGCAGACUGUUAAAAUCAUAUUGUCAAAGGUUACAAACGCUUUUGCCUUGGAGAAUAUUUGUCUUUUUACGGUGAUGUUGGAAAAAAGAAGACUUCAUUAAAGGACAAGAAAAGUCAAGCCUUGUGGUUUUUUGGAGGGCUUCUAGCUAACCGUUAUCUGACUGUCUAGCCUUGCAUCGGCACAUGCACUGCGAGGGCAGUACAAUUAUGUAAUACCUGUAUUGCUCCUCCUCUCAUAUCAUUACACAAGCGCUAAAAGCUCCAGUCCAAAUCUGAAGAACAUGGAGAAGUUAGUCCUAGCAAGACGAGCAAGCCAGAUCAAGGAAGAGCUCAGACAGAGGAUGAGAAAUCACAAGCAAGUGAUAGACGUGUCCUGGGGCGACCCACAGAGUGCGGGUGUGAAGCCUCUGUCAUUUGUCCGACAGGUUCUUGCAGCAUGUCUUUACCCUGAUCUUAUGAACAGCAACACGCUUCCACUGGACAUCAGACAGAGGGCUCAGAGGCUGCUUGGGGAAUGUGCUGGAGGCAGUGUAGGUUCUUAUACUGCUACAGCGGGCAUAUCAGAAAUAGUCUACAGAAUCUCUGAAUUCAUAACCAAACGAGAUGGCGGGGCUCCAUCUCAGCCUGAAAACAUCUACAUCAGCCCCGGCUCACAGUGGGCACUCAGUAACAUUCUCAAGGUCUUGGUGAACAGUGAGGCUUCCCCAAGAACAGGUGUGCUGACUCCAGAGCCAUGCUACCCCCUCACCACUUUUUCAAUAAAAGGGUUGGGAGGAGUUACUGUCCCCUACCACCUCAGCGAGGAGCAGGGCUGGGAGCUGCAGGUGGAGGAGCUGCAUCGAGCGCUGGACUCUGCUAGGGGAGUCUGCAACCCUGUAGCUCUGUAUGUCAUCAACCCUGGAAAUCCUGCAGGUUAUGUUCAAAGCAGAAAAUCAAUGCAAGACGUGAUCCGGUUUGCUUCAGAGAAGAGGCUCUUCCUCCUGGCUGAUGAGGUCUACCAGGAAUGUGUUCAUGGGGAAAAGAGUGAGUUUCUCUCUUACAAGAGAGUUCUGGCUGAGAUGGGUCCUCCUCACUCAGACACGGUGGAGCUUGCAUCCUUCCACUCAGCAUCCAAAGGCUUCCUGGGGGAGUGUGGUCUGCGUGGUGGAUAUGUGGAGCUGGUAAAUCUGGACCCUGAUGUUAUGAAAUGCAUCCACAAACUGUUCACCAUAGACAGCUGUGCACCUGUAUUGAGCCAGUUUGCUCUGGAUCUGAUGACGAACCCUCCACAACCAGGAGAUCCCUCGUACCCACUUUAUAGUAAGGAGAUACAACACAUCAAGACUAUGAUGGCUCAUAAUGUAAAGAGAGUCUUUGAGGUAUUAAACAGUCUGCUGGGUUUCUCCUGCCAGCCGUUGGAAGGAGGUGCUUUCGCAUUCCCCAGACUGUAUCUUCCACCUAAAGCCAUUCAGAAAGCCAAGGAAAUGGAAGUGGAACCAGAUAUGUUCUACUGUAUCAGACUCCUGGAGGAGGCUGGUGUGUUAGUCAAACCUGGGUGGGAGUACGGACAAAAGGAGGGGACACACCACAUCAGAUUUUGCAUUAUGACCUCUGAGGACACUAUGGAAGAAGUACUGAGCCGCCUGAGCAGCUUUCACACACAGUUUAUGAAAGACUUUUCUUGAAUCAAGGCACACAAAAAAAAGUCAGGAAUUAUAAUUGUUUUAUUUUCUUAUCUAUAUGCAGUUCAAACAACAAAGAUGGUCUGAUCAUUCACCACAUGUCGGCAUUUGAGCAUUUCUUUUGCAAUAAAUAUGACAUUAAUUAUUGUUUUAAUGACCUUUGUCCAGGUCAAAUUCAAUUUCUGAUUUCCAGAUAGCAAAUAUCCACAAAUAAUUGAACACAGUCCAAAAUCUAAACCAAUGGAUUUCCUCACACCACAUGGAGGUUCAUCAUUUACCUCAACAAUACCAGCAGUAUAACGCAGCCCACUGUGGGGCUCAGCUGUCCAAGAGUCCAAAUAACUUUCUUCUAAUAAAAAACAUUCACAAGA